GAAAAAAAUAGGGGGGAAAACACGUAAAAGGUAUAAAAGAUUUUGAUCUUUAUUUUUAUGGUUGAUUAUAGUAGUAGGAGUUUUGGUCGGAGAUGAGCGAAAUCACGGGAGAAUUCUGACAUCAUCGUCGAAGUCUUAGUUCACUGGAGUUGGCGAGCAUGGAAACUCCAUCUGAUAAUCCUACCAACGUUGAUUCCCAAAAUCCGGCUACGACUUCACAACCAGCUGCUAAAGAUAAUCAUGAUGCCAAUCCUGAGGCUACAAGAGAGAACUCUCCAGCUUCUGUAUUUGUUAACUCAGAACCAGUUCGGGAGGAGCAAGUCGAAAAUGCUGUAAAGUUUCUUUCACAUCCAAGAGUUAGGGGAUCUCCAGUCAUGUAUAGGCGUUCUUUUCUUGAGAGGAAGGGGCUCACAAAGGAGGAGAUAGAUGAAGCCUUUCGUUGAGUUCCUGAUCCCACUCCAACUGUUUCUACCACACAGCCAGUAGCUUCAAAUGAGGAUGAGAAACUGAAAUCUUCAUCAACUACUCAAGCACUGUCUGCAUCGCAAAAUCUGCAGUCUGCAUCAGCUAAACAGAGUAAUACCAUGAGAAAAAUGGGAUAUUUUUCUCAUUUCCAUUGGACUCAUGCAGUAAUGGCUGUUGGCAUAAUGUCUGCUUCAGGAGCUGGUACAGCUUUACAUCUCAAGCAUACUAUUAUACCCCGGUUUAAGUCCUGGAUUCGCAAGGUUGUAAUGGAAGAAGAAGAUGAAAAAGGUGCUCUAAAGGGAAGACCAAGUUUAGCAGAAAAAGCUGCUGUUGCUGCAAAAGCAGCAGCUGUUGAUGUGGCCCGCGCAAGCCAGGAGAUGAUGGCAUCUAAAACUGAAGAGAAAAGGUACUUUGAGGAGCUAACAAACCUGUUAAACUACCAAGUACGAGAGAUGAAAUCAAUGAGUAGUGCCUUACAAAAGCUUGAAGGGAAAAGUAGUACUUCUGGAAGAAUACCUGCCAUGGAACGAGAUGAUAAAAGAGUCUUGAUUUCCCAUUCUACGGAUAUAAAUGACCAACCACCAAAUCCUUACCAGCCUGUACCAAAUCCUCAUGUUGGUCCAAAUCCUAAGCCUUGGGAAAUUGGCCAAAGUCAGAACGGUUCAAGGAGUUUCCUUCAAUCCCAAGGGAGUGGUGAUGACUUGAAUUAUGAGUAUCAAGACAGUUCAAUGCCUUGGUGGCAACGCAAGAGUGGCAGAAUAACAGUAACCGAAGCUGAGAACAAAGAGAAGUUUGGAUAUACUGCUGCACCAACUGAAGUACGACCAGUUCAGCGAUCGUGGGUUCCUCCCCAGCCACCUCCAGUUGCAAUGGCAGAAGCAGCUGCUGCCAUCCGUCAAUCUAAGAAGCCUUUGUUUCAGAAAGAAAAGCUGACUGGUGAUGAGUUAAAGGCUUGUUCCUCAGAAGUAUCAGAUGACGUGCAGAGUAUUACAACAAUCUCCGAAUCAGGUGGUCUCACCGAAACUAAUGGUUCAAGUUUUGGGCAACAGUUGAGUGAGGCACCUAUUACAAAUGGUGACAAUGUCUUGAACAGCUGAAGUUUCUCUUGUUCUACCUAUCCUAAGGUUUGCUUUUUUGGUUUUGAGGUGAUUUAACACAAUCUUGUAAGUACAUUUUAUCGAUGAACUCGAAUUUCUAAUGUUUCCUUUGUUCUUCUAGGUUGAAAUUUAGAAUUACUCUUCUUAAACUUGGCUCUUAUGUGAAAAGAUAACUGUUUAUACCAAAGGCUUA